UAUGCCGUCUACUAUUUCAAGGGCGAGAGGCGUGUUGCCCGCGGUCACCAUGGUCGCUGCACUCGCGACUAUGGCUUUGGCGGCAAGAACGCAAACGGAGAAUAGAAUAUACGUCAACUCGGAGGAUGUUGCUUCAGAGGAGAGCCUGCGUGGGCUAUACGAGCGCUGGUACAGGCUCUAUAGGCCCGGCGGCGACCCCGCCAACAAGGCGAAGCGGUACGCCAUCUUCAAGGCGGAGGUGCGUGCUGUGUAUGAGCUGAAUGAGGGCGACACACGCGUGAAACAUCAUCUGAACUGGUUCGCGGACAUGAGCCAAGGUGAGUACGCCGAAUAUUUCGCCAACUGCUCCCCCCGUGAGAUCCAACCCUUCGGUGAUAUCCCGGCAAUGAACCAUCACCAGCCCAGCCGGUACUACCCUGACAAAUUGCCACUCACCGUGGACUGGCGGACCGUGGAUGGUGUUCUCACCAGCGUGAAGCAGCAGGGGAAUUGCGGAAGCUGCUGGGCUAUUGCUGCCGCCGAGGCGAUGGAGAGUGUACACUUCCUCAAGAAUAAGCAGCGCACCAACCUCUCUGCUCAAGAAUUGGUUGACUGCACCCCCAACAACGAGGGUUGUAAAGGUGGCUUUGCUUCCAGGGCCUUCCAAUAUGUCAUCGAUAGGCGCGGCAUCCAUUCCUCCGAGCAGUACCCGUAUGUGGGAAAGGCGCAGUAUUGCGACCCUCCCUCGGUAUCUCCCGUCAUGUCCAUCAAGAAAUUUUACUUCGUGCAACGACGUAAUGAGAAGAUGCUCAUGGAUGCGGUGGCCCACAAUCCUGUCGUGGUCUUGAUUGUGGGCGCUGAAAACAUGCACUUUAAGCACUAUAGUGGCGGCAUCUACAGAGGGCCAUGCGGCAUGGAUAAAAAGCACGAAGCACUGCUCGUGGGCUACGGCACGACACCAAGUGACGAUUCCAACGAUCCUGGAGCCAAGUAUUGGAUUGUGAAGAACUCGUGGGGGGACUCUUGGGGAGAGAAGGGAUACAUGCGCCUCGCGCGCGGUCAUCAGGCUUAUGGCGGUCUCUGCGGUAUUAUGCUGGACCCAAAGUACCCAUCACAUCCGAAAAGGCUGGAUCACGCGUAUGCUUGAUCUCCUAAUAAUGCGUGUACUCUAUUAAUUAGUUCGAGUGUUUGUAAUCUACCUCCUAAUAAUGUAGUCCCAAUUAUCGUGAAGUGCUAUGAUGAUGUACUAUCUCU